GCGGGAUGGAAAAAAAACCAACAACAACAACGUCGAAAUGUGUGUAUAUUCGUGUUUAACAGUUUUCACUGAAGCUGUUUUCUUCAAUCUCGUAGCAAGAUUUUUUUGCUCUUGACGUUCGAGUAUUUCAACCUCACAACAAACUCUUCAAGAUGGCCAAGAUGACGUCAUUCCUGUUGAUUGGACUAGUUCUUCUGCUGGUCAGCACCGUGUGUACUGCAGAUGACGUCGACGAUGUUGUAGAAAGAUCAAAGCGUGACGUAGCUGAAGAUCCACAGAUCCCAGAAGAUCAGCCAUUGACUGAAGAGCGUCAAAAAAGACAGACAAAUGAUGAAGACGAAAGUCAGCCAUCAACUGAACAGCGUAAAAAAAGACAGACAAAUGAUGAAGAUGAAAGUCAGCCAUCAACUGAACAGCGUAAAAAAAGACAGACAAAUGAUGAAGAUGAAAGUCAGCCAUCAACUGAACAGCGUAAAAAAAGACAGACAAAUGAUGAAGAUGAAAGUCAGCCAUCAACUGAACAGCGUAAAAAAAGACAGACAAAUGAAGACGAAGGUCAAACACCAACUGAACAGCGUAAAAAAAGACAGACAAAUGAAGACGAAGGUCAAACACCAACUGAACAGCGUAAAAAAAGACAGACAAAUGAUGACGUCGAUGAAUGAAAGUUUUCGAGGUUCGAGAACCGCUCUUCAAAUGAGACAAAAUGAAAUAUCUGGAGUUUUAGAAAUAUCUGUGCUUUGAAAUGCAU